UUAUAGCUUCUUCUUUCCUUCUUCUUCUUCUACUAACAUAUCUUUAUCCUUCUUCCUUCAUCAACCUCUCUCUCUCAAGUCUCAAAUCCUCCAAAUACUAGUCUGUUAAGAUUCCAAAUCUGAGAAACACUAUAAUGGAUCCGUGCUCUUUCGUACGGAUCAUCGUCGGCAACUUGGCCGUUCGGUUUCCCUCAUCGUCGUCUCCUUCUUCUUCUUCAUCAGGACCUUCUGUUUCUGGAAUCACUCCAUCUCCUCCCAACUGUUACUGCAAAAUCAGAUUCAAGAAUUUCCCCCGUGAGAUUGUUUCCGUUCCCGUUCUCUUCCGUUCCGAAUCUGAAUCCGACGCUCGUUCCUCUUCCACCACCGUCGCUGCUUGCUUCAGUCUUAGCAAAUCUCAGCUUGAAGCUUCUCUCAAGAAACCUAAGUGGAGCGUUCUCUCCGUCGAGGCUUACUCCCGCGGUUACAGCGACGCUGACGACGCUGUUACCGGCGCCUCGUGUGGACUCGCUUCCGCGGGUGAGAAGUUGCUCGGUCGAUUUGAGGUCUCGCUUGAUUUGAAAUCGGCCGAGACUAAGACUUGUUUGGCUCACAACGGUUGGGUUGCUUUGGGUUCUAAGAAAGGAAGUGGUAAAUCCAAUAGAAGUAAAGCUGGAUCCGAUCCGGAGCUCCACGUUUGUGUACGGGUCGAACCUGACCCGAGAUUCGUGUUUCAGUUCGACGGCGAGCCUGAGUGUAGCCCUCAGGUAUUUCAGGUCCAAGGAAACACUAAACAAGCUGUGUUCACUUGCAAGUUCGGCUCUAGAAACUCUAACUCCGGUGAUCGGAAUCUUCUUAACAGUUCUUCGAUGAUGUCUGAGUUAAUCUCAACGAGAAGUUGUAUAUCGUCGUUGAAAUCGGAAAAGGAACAACCGUCGAAAGAGAGAAAGGGAUGGUCCGUAACGGUCCAUGAUCUAUCUGGUUCACCCGUCGCUAUGGCCUCAAUGGUCACACCUUUCGUACCAUCUCCUGGUUCCAACCGUGUCACUCGAUCCAGUCCUGGCGCGUGGCUCAUUCUUAGACCCGACGGUUGCACAUGGAAGCCAUGGGGAAGGCUAGAGGCAUGGCGUGAAGCCGGUUACUCUGACACACUCGGUUACCGUUUUGACCUUUUCCAAGACGGUAUCGCCACCGCCGUCUCAGCGUCUUCGUCUAUCAGUUUGAAAAAUGGCGGGAGUUUUGUCAUAGACGUCACCGGCGGGACCACGACUACGGCGUCCACGCCGACGACGAGUCCUCAAGGAAGCUGGGAUUUAGGAUCCGGUUCGAGCUCGGGUUCGAGACCGGCGUCGAGACCGGGAUCAGGAUCCGGGUCGGAUUUCGGAUAUCUGCUGCCGCAGCACCCGUCGGCGCAAAACAGAGGGUUCGUGAUGUCGGCUACGGUGGAAGGAGUCGGGAAAAGGAGCAAACCGGAGGUGGAGAUCGGGGUGACGCACGUGACAUGUACGGAGGACGCAGCAGCGCACGUGGCAUUAGCUGCGGCGGUGGAUCUGAGUUUGGAUGCUUGCAGGCUUUUCUCAGACAAGCUAAGGAAAGAGCUUAGACAGCAAAGCCAGCUUGGUGUCGUUUGACGUGUUUCGCUUUGUCGUUUUACCAAUUCAUGAGUUGUCUUCCACUCACAAUAUUUUUUCCUUUUUAAUUGUUUUUUUUUUGAAUUUUCAAUUUCUUAAGGUAGCGUUAGGAAAUUAGCCAGCCAAUUUUUUUUGAGGAGGUGGAUGUCAUCAUUAUUAAAAAUUGUUUAUAUAUCUUUCUGUACA